AAUUUUUAACCCUUUUCGACUUUCUUCUUUUCUUCUUCCACUGAGACUGUAAAAAGGACAAUGCGCUCCAAAUAUGAAAAAAUUCGAUCGAGGGAUUCUGCUGCAUCUGUUCUGUGAAGAUCGGAGCUGACAUCUCGCGUUGCGUGAGUUUUUCGUCACUCUUCAUUCAGCCAUUCUUUCAUUGAUGCUUACUUUUGUCAUUGCAAGAUUUACUUUAAUCCCCUGCCAGAAGAGGACCCAUCUUGUUUCCCUCCAUCACAAUGUUUCCCACAUUUUCAAUUCCUUUUCUUCAGUUUCGAAAGUGUCUGAAUCAAAUCAACGAAAAGGAAAAUCUGGAGAACAUGAUUCUUUUACUUUUUAUUAUCUCUUAGACUCACUGGACAUGCCUUCCGAAGCAGCUAUUGAAGUAUCCAAACGGGUUAAACUAAAAGGCUCUGAUAAACCUAACUUGGUGCUUAAUCUAUUUAGGACUUAUGGAUUCUCAGAUGCCCAGAUCUCUAAAAUUGUGGAAAAGUGUCCACGCGCCCUUUUAGCGAAGCCUGAAGCGACACUUUCGCCGAAGCUAAGGUUUUUCCGGUCUAUAGGGUUUUCAAGGUCUGAACUGCCAGAACUCAUCUUAUCAAAUUGUGAAAACUUAUUCUUGAGCUUGAAGAAAAAUAUAAUCCCCCGUUAUGAGGUCAUUAAGAGCGUACUUGGUGACGAUGAUCACGCCAAUAGGGCUUUUAAACAAUGGGGUUGGCACAAUAAGGAUCCAACGAAUUUACUUUCAAACAUAAAGGUGUUGAGAGAACAUGGAGUGCCUCAGUCUUCUGUCUCUCUACUGGUUACUCAUUAUGCAAGGGCCGCGCUUAUAGAUCCGGCAAAGUUUAUUGAACAUGUCAAGUUUGCAAAGGAGAUAGGAAUCGAUCCUUCCAAGGCUGCGUUCAUCCAGGCACUUUCUGUGUUAGCAAUCACGAAGAAAUCUACUUGGGAGUCGAGGCUGGAUAUCUAUGAGACGUACGGCUUGUCCAAGGAUGCCACUCUUUCAGCAUUCAGGAAGUUUCCAAAUUUCAUGCGGCUGUCGGAAGAUAAAAUCACAAGCACAAUGAAGUUUCUUGUGGAAGAAAUGGGUUUGCCAUUGGUAGAUAUUGUUAGUUGCCCCGCAUUUCUUGGCUAUAGCUUGAAGCAAAGGAUAAUUCCUAGAUUCUCGGUUUUUAAAAUUUUGAAAACUAAUGGUUCGAUAAAAAGGGGCCCGUCCUUCUCUUCCCUGGUCACAAUGAGUGAAACAAAAUUUCUGGAAAAAUUUGUGAUCCCGUUUCAGGAAAGCGUUCCUCAGCUAUUGGACAUUUAUAAAAGCUGUUCUUGAAGUUUAGUCCUCAGGAGUUUCUGGAAGAGUAUGAUUGUGAGCUUUGACUCUCAACUUUUUAUUAUAAUUGUUUAACUGUUUUGCUUCAAAUCUUACUCUAAUUUUGUUGUCUAUUUUCUGUUAGCUAGGUAUCAACUUGCGUGAUAUCUAUAUAUAUGGAGUUUAUCAUUCAAUUUUCUUUAUCAUAACACACAGUUCUUGUAUCCUUAUGCCUUUUGGUGAUACUGUGAAUUUGUUUCGGUGUAAGAUGAAAUCACACGAGUGUCUUAGGGUGAUCAUGUGGUGCAUCUGCAUGCUUAUUGGAUUAGUUUAGCAAGCCAUGAGGAGUGCUCAUGUAAAUUUGAGAUGCAUACAUUAAGACUCCAGCUUCUGCUUUCACCAUAGUAAUUGCUCUCCAAAUUUUGGGAUUUCAAUAUGCACUGCUUCAUUUGUUUUUUUCACCCUAUAAGGAUGUGAUGAGUCUUCCCAAGGGUAGUUCAAGGACAGCACAAGAAUCCUAUUCCCUCCCUGCAGUUUAAAUAAUCAAAUAUUAAAAUCAUUAUCUACAUCUAUUACUAUUCUUUAUCUUUUUUAGUUAUUGCAUUCUUUACUUAUUUCUAUAUUACUGAUUUAAAGUAGAAAAAUAGUCUAAUCAUAAAAAUUACCUUCAAUCCCUCACUCCUCCUUGGCAAGGAUCUUUGGUGACCCAGAAUGGAAAUUGCUAGGGCUUCCCAUCGUGUUCUGUUUUUUUUUUUUUUUUUUGAGCCUAAAGCAAUGUAUAGUUUUCCGGUAUGAGUCUCUUGAGAGUUUACUUGAUGACAGUCAGAAAGUCAUAAAAGCUUUAAGAUACCCAGCCUAGGAUUUUCCCAAACUUGAUGCUUGAAAUGGAGAUCCAUACAUAAAACUUUUGAGAGGGCUUGGAGUGCCUGAAUCUUCUGUUUCUUUUCUAAUAACUAAGUUUCCAGGCGUAGCUCUUGUGGAUCAUGCAAAGUUCGUUGAAAAUGUCCAGUCUAUUAGGAAAGCAGUAAUUCCAACUUUUAAGGUUUUGUUCAUAGGUGCACUUCAUGUGUCAUCGCUAACAAAGAAAUCAACCUGGGAGUCAAAGCUUGAUAUCUUUGAAAGGUGUGGCUGGCCUAGGGAUGUCACUUUUUCAGCAUUCUGGAAGUUACCAUUUUGUAUGCUGCUGUCAGAAGACAAAAUCACAAGCACAAUGAAGUUUCUUGUGGAAGAAAUGGGUUUGCAAUUGGAAAGUGUUUCUAAGUUAUUGGACAUUUAUAAAAGUCGUUCCUAAAGUUCAGUCCUUGACAGUUUUUGGGAGCGGAGGAGGAAAGCCAAUUACUUCUGGGAGGGACGCCAAUUACUUCUGGGAGAAUAUGAUUGAGCUUUGAUUGUCAACUUUAUUAUAAUUGUUCAAUUGUUUUUCUUCUAAUCUUACUCUAAUUUUGUUGUCUGUAUUCUUUUAGCAAGGCAUCAACUUGUAUGAUAUCUAUAUAUGUGGAGUUUAUCAUUCAAUUUUCUUAAUCAUAACACAGUUCUUAUA